UAUUGCAAAUUUCAUAGAUUAGUAAGGACCCUCAAAGAAAAUUACAAGAUUAUGGCGCACUACAGACUCUCUCUUCGGCAACCACCAUGCCUUGAUUUUUCUUCCCAAUGUUUGUGGUGGACGGUUCUCAGUUCAUGCACGGAUCAAGCCAGGGUGGCGAAGCCGCUCCUUUUUUUCGCCUCUCUAUGCUGAUGUGAUCAACAAUCCCCUCAACGGAUAUGGCCCUCCUUGGGGACCAGCAAGAGUGUUGUGCUCAUGCACCACAACCAUAUAGCCAUGGUUGAGCUCUUCGUACCUUCGAGGCCUGACCUUCUUGUGACAAUGUCUACCUAGCCGUGUUGCCUAUGUUCUACAUCUACGGCCUCCUGCUCUUUGUUGUGGGCCUCUAUCGCCUGGCUCCAUGGUCAUGGUCAUGAGGAGGUUUGGCGUAGCCGAGUCUGUUAGGGUAAUCCACAUGGACAAAGUCACGACACUUGGUGGUUGCUACACAUCAUGGUGGCACUGGUGGCAAAGGCUCAUUCAAGACUUUCUCAAGGUUGAUUCUCUCGGAUGAUCCUCUCAGGCCAGCCAAUCCACAUCAGUUGGCCCAUCUUAAGGAUAAUUAGUCAAGAAAGAAGUUCCUACCACAUUGCCAACUAAUGCCAAAUUUACCGUGCCAGUUUGGGAGAGUAAAUGUUGCUGACAGCAUGGUAUGGCCAGACCAUCUAGUGCAUCCGCCGUAGAGUUGGUCCUCUCUACAUGAGCAUGCAAGAGAAACUUGGUGGCGACAGUACAAGCUUGCCACCAACGCAAGAGAUAUCCAACCUAAUGAAGAGAAAUGAAGAAUUGAUAGGACGAUUCAUGUUUGUCGUCGACCACAACAAAACACUUACAUGCCAUUUCGCAGACUUGGCUGUUGCAGGCGGGAGAGGCAGAACAAACUAUAUGCUGCUUGCUAUAAGCAGUAUAGUUGGAAGAAAAUACAUUGUUGCAGCCAAAGUUCAGGCAGAAGCCAUCGAUGUUGUCAACAUAUUAUUCCACGUCUCCAGGACUCAAUUGAUCAGCACAAUAGAUCCAGAGGUAGCAUCCAGUAGCACACCUAAACUGCCCGCAAGUAUUCCAAAAUCUACACGGCUUGCUCUACCAGAAAGCAUGGCAACCCCAUCAGACAACAACAAAAUUUCAGAGACAACACCAACUAAAGAGAUCAUACAAGCCAUUGAUUCAGAUUUAGAAGGGGAAGUAGGCUUCACAACAAAACGCAAGAAAAGGAAAGCCCAGAAGUCAAUCACUACACCACCAAACAAAGUACAACCAACGAUAAAAGAAAGGUAAAGAUGGAGUUGUUUCGACCUAAAUAGGAGCCUAUACCCAUCAAGUAAGAACUCGA